AUGAAAAUAUUUGCAUUAUUAUUCGUUAUUUAUUUAUCAUCUAACAAUAUUCCAAUUAGUAAUGCUGAAGUUGAUUGUAGCGUCUAUGAUAAUGAGCUUCAUGCUCUCAAUAUAAAUCCAUUUUAUAUUCGAAACGGUGAAUAUUCUUCUGCUACCUGCUUUAGUUACAUUGAUUCUAGUAAUCCAUCACAAAAAGUUACAAUUUUUAGGAUAUUUAAUGAUGCUAAUCCAUCUUCAAGUAUAUAUUGUUUGAAAAGUUUACAAAAGCUUCAAUUAGUAAAUACAAAUUUAACAAUAUUACCUGAUAUAAAAAAUUUUCAAAAUUUACAAUCAUUAAUAAUUCAAACAGAUAAUGGUUAUAUUGAUAAACAUUUACCAUCUGAAUUUGGACAAUUAAUAUCUUUAUUAGAGUUAAAAUUAUCUAAUAUUGCAAAUCUUGAAGAUUUACCUGAUGAAAUUAAAUAUUUAAAUCAAUUACAAACAUUAACAUUAGAAAAAAUUCCAAAUUUUAAUAAAAUACCUGAUGAAAGUAUUAGUAAAUUAAUUAAACUUAAUAGAUUAAAUUUAAUUGAAUUACCAAAUUUAUCAAAUAUUCCAUCAAAAAUGAAUAAUUUUCAAUUAUUACAACAAUUAGAAAUAACCAAUACGAAUAUUAAUAAUUUAAAAUUAGAAAAUUUAGCAAGUUUAUAUAAUUUAACAGUAACAUUUAAUGCAAUAUUACAAACGAUUGAAAUUACAAAUAUGUUAACAUUAUCUUCCAUUGAUAUUCGAAAUAAUAAUGAAUUAUUAAUAUUAAAAUUGGAAAAGCUACCAUCUAUGAGAACAAUGUUACUAAGUGACAAUGCACAAUUAAAAACUGUUACAUUAAACAAUAUUUUUACAUUAUAUUAUUUUACAUCAAAGUCAUUAUUAAACUUAGAAUCAAUUUCAUUUGAAAAUACACCUUUUUUAUCAACACUUCAGAUUCUAUCAAGUCCUCAAUUGAAAAGUAUUUCAUUUGUUAAUGUAACAUCAAUAUCAAGUCUUGAUUUGUCUGGAUGUCAAUUAACAACAUUUCCUGAAAGUAUUUUAACAUUAAAAUCUUUAGUGUCAUUAGUUAUGACAUCAAAUCAAUUAUCAACAUUACCAUUAACAUUAUCAACUGAUUUACCUAAUUUACAAGUUCUUCAUUUGCAGAAUAAUAAAUUUCAAGGAAAUAUUUUUCAAUCACCACUUAUUUAUAUUCAUGAACUUUAUCUUACAAAUAAUUCAUUGACAUCUAUUGAUGGUAUUGGAAAUUUUAAAUCCUUACAAAUAUUAAAUUUAGAUUAUAAUCAAAUUUCAUCAAUUCCACUUGAAAUCAUUAAAGUAUCACCAACAUUAAAGACAAUAACAAUAAAUAAUAAUCUAUUAAAUCAUAUUCCAUUGCCAAUGAUAAAUAUGAGAUUAUUAAACAGUUUUACUGCUAUGAAUAAUAAUGUUUCAUAUCAAGAACGUCUAUAUCUCUAUGAUUAUUUCCGUCAAUCAUCUAUAAAUAUUAGUUUUUGA